AUGAAGCAGUUCCUGAUUCUCGCUUUGUGCUGCCGUGCACUAGAAGCUAAGUCGUCAUUUGUCCCGGCGGCCAAAUUGGUCAAUAUCCGAUCGGUGCCCAGGUUGGUCAGAGCCCAGGAGAGUCCCAGGCUCGAGGCCAUAGCUGGAGAGUACCCGUACCAGGUUUCCCUUCAGAUCUGCGGUGGUUCUUUGAUAAGCAAGAGGCACGUGCUCACUGCUGCUCACUGCGUCUUCAGUUUCGUCGGCCAGAAGAAGGACAAGAACACGAUCAAGGUUCUUGUCGGCACCAACUCUCUCACUGAUGGUGAUACCUUGAUGGACGUCGACAGAAUCUCCCAUCACGGAGCAUUCACUAACGCCGAUGUGUCUCCUGUCAUGAACAAUGACAUCGCCGUCAUCAGAUUGAAGAAAGAGGUCACGGAAUCCGCGACGGUAAAGAUCAUUAGUCUGCCCCAACCUAAUCAGGACAUACCUGAGAAUACACAGAUGAUCCUUACUGGAUUCGGGUCUACUUACACCGGUGGUCCAAUUUCUCUAAAACUCAGGCAACUCUACAUGUAUGCCACAAAUCGUGGUGUCAUCACCGUUGCCCACCUUUGCGCCUCUCUGGGUACAGGAUACGGAGCUUGCCAAGUGAGUGACGAAUUCGCUAAAAUAGAAUCGAGUGAAGAUCUUUACACCAGGGUGUCGUACUACUUGGACUACAUCAACUACGAACUGUCGUUGAUCAGUUAA